AUUUAUUACUGUAUUUAAAACCAAAAGUUAAUUGUAUUGUAUUUUUUGUGAUUACUAGCAAAUGGAUAUGGAUCUGAGCGGCGGUGACUGCGGGGGCGGUGACCAACAGCAGCAGCAACAACAACAGCCCCCUCCCGGUGCCGGCGGUGGUGGUGGCCAACAGCCCGAUCUGACCGCUGAGCUGUUGCAGCGUUUCUCGUGUAUGAAUACCACCGAUCGGGACGUUUUGGUCAACCAAUUGAAGCUACUGUUGGGCGAACACGUGACCGACGAUUCGGCCCACUUCUGGCUCGAUAUGAACAACUGGAACCUACAGGCGGCCAUCUGUUCCUACUUUGACUACGAACAGCCGGAAGGCAUGGCACGGGUGGGCGCGGGCUGGUCAAUGAAACUGGUCAACGAUGUGACCAUCGGUGAGGGCGAAGAGGUGCCGCCAAACGCCAAUUUUACCAAGACUUGGAGGAUCGCCAACUCCGGGACCGAGCCGUGGCCUAUCGGCUGUCACUUACGGUUUAUGGCCGGCGACCAGAUGUGCCACUCGGAGCGCGUGCUCGUCGACCCUCUGGGACCGGGCGAUCAGACGGACAUCUCGGUGGACAUGAUAUCGCCCCAGAAGUCGGGCAGUUAUACCUCUCAGUGGCGUAUGAGCACACCUACCGGGCAGUACUUCGGCGAGAUUAUUUGGGUUAUAAUCAGCGUAUCGGAAGGCGGGCUCCUGGAGGUCACUCAACAGAUGAGCCGUUUCAACGAGUUGGGCGCCGCCUCUCCCCCAUCGGCCGGCCAUAUGAUGGUCGGUGGGCUGGGAGUUGGCCCGGGAGGUGCCUCAGCAGCCGGUGGCGGACCCAUGGGUGCCGUACCGGCCAUACAUGUGAACCCGUUUGCCACCAAUCAAUUGCAGACACAUUUAGGACAACACAACACAACUAGACUUCAUUUUGACACACAUUUCAAUACGAAUAAUAAUAACAACAAUAAUAAUAAUAAUAGCAAUCAAAAUACCGACCACUCGAUGCCAAAUAGCGACCACCAGUCCGGGUGGGGCUGA